UGUCAGUAAAAAAAAAAAAAAGGCUACAACGGCAAGGUUGAUUAAAAUAUAAAAAUAAGUAUUGUUAGCAUUUAUAGCUUAUCAAUAAAGGUAAGAUAUGGAGCAUAGUUUAAGAGUUGACAAAGAUAAAUACAAGCAAUUUUGAAAAAUAGUGUUUUAUUGGUGUCGUUGAGGAACUGUAACCCGUAGUGUUUGGAAUAGUCUGCACCGAUGUGAUAUCAAGAUAUGAAAAUCACACAUUUUAGCACAAUGUAUUUGUUCUAACGUAAACACGGUGUUAAGAUUAACGGCGAAUGUGAUAGGAAGCCAAGCUUUCCUCACCGUUUCAUGCUGUCCAGGCACUGACAGCUAAGCUUGCUAACAGGCUAGCCGAGCUGUUGUUUAGAAUUAUGGACAGGGAUGCGUACCGCAACUGCUGCAGCCUCGUCAAAAUACCAAGACAGUCGUAUGAACAGUUUUGGUCAUCACAUUUUGUGGAUUACAUCGACAAGGAGCUGAGCUAUUCUAAAUUUUUUAAGAAAUACUUGCUUCCCAAUCACCCAUGCAUGUUUUCGAGAAGGUUCACAGAGGACUGGAAGUGUAGAAAACAGUGGGUGACUGAAGAAGGAAAGCCUAAUUUCCAGAAAUUGCUACAAGAGUUUGAUGAGACUCCUGUUCCUGUUGCAAACUGCAAUGCUAAGGAGUAUAAUGCAAAUCCUAAACAAGUUAUGCCUUUCAAAGAAUUUAUACACUACUGGAAGGAAUAUAUCCAGAAUGGGCACUCAUCACCUAAAGGAUGUCUCUAUCUUAAAGACUGGCACAUGUCAAGGGACUACCCAGAACAUAAUGUUUACACCACCCCAGUCUUCUUUUCUUCAGACUGGCUUAAUGAAUAUUGGGAUACACUUGAAGUAGAUGACUAUCGCUUUGUCUACAUGGGGCCUAAAGGUUCAUGGACCCCAUUCCACACUGAUGUGUUCCGCUCCUACAGUUGGUCGGCAAACAUCUGUGGCAGGAAGAAAUGGCUCUUAUAUCCCCCAGGUCAGGAGGAAUUUCUGCAAGACACUCACGGCAACCUCCCAUAUGAUGUAACAUCAUCAGAGCUUCAAGACACAGGCCUUUUUCCUCACUUUGAAGAAGCCUGUCAACCUCUUGAGAUCAUUCAAGAGGCAGGUGAAAUCAUUUUUGUGCCAAGUGGGUGGCACCAUCAAGUUUAUAAUCUGGAGGACACUAUCUCUAUUAAUCACAACUGGUUAAAUGGCUGCAACAUUGACAUAAUGUGGCAGUUCCUUCAGAACGAGCUGUCUUCUGUUCAGAAAGAGAUAGAUGAGUGGAGAAACACUAUGGACUCGUGGCAUCAGCACUGCCAGGUCAUCAUGAAAGCCUGCUCUGGUAUCAAUUAUUGUGAAUUUGCUUCGUUCCUAAAAAUCAUUUCUGACAACCGAAUGGCUUUCCUGAAUGCUUGCUCGGGGGAUUCCUCCGAUUACCCACGUCAUCUCUCAGAGGUGUUCACCACACUUGGACCUUACCAUGCUGCCUUUGAUCUACAGAGAGUAGCUCAUGUACUUGAAUGCCUCCUCUGCAACGAAGACUUUAAGCGGCUUGAUCAUUCAACACUGGCACUGCAGCCAGAAACAAUGUUACAGCAAAUUCGGGACACCAUUCAAUCCACAAGAGGGCAGCAUCUCCUUUAUCAGGAGUAAGACGUUUUGUGGCUCGUCACCUUUAUAAAGCUUGAAUGUAAAGUGCCAAUGUGUUUGGGAUGAGAUGAGUUGCAAUCUUAGAAAUGUUGCUUGUAAACAUUAAAGUUAAAGGAAUCUAAUUAUAUUUAAA